AUGCAGUACGCGCCGGAGGUGGAGAAUGGCUUCACCGACGCCGAGCUGCGGGCGAUCUAUGGGAAGCUGGAUAAGAACCGGAACGGCAUCGUCUCGAAGCUGGAACUCAUUGCAGCAGUGAGCCAGGAGAAGAGCAUUGCUGACAUGCUGGGCAUUGAUGGAGAGUCGCUUCUCAGCGACGAGAAGAGCUUCGACGAGCUCCAUAGCUUGUUCGAGGAGAUUUCGGCCGGGAAGAAGGGCAUUGACUUCGAAGCGUUUGCGAAGCAUGUCCGGAAGGCCUGCGCAGAACGAACGCCCAGAUCGAACCGGAUGUUAGAGAUCUUCAAUCUCAUCGUCUUGGCCUUGAGUGGGAGUGGGAAUGGUGCCAGUUGGGGUGGAUUCAAAGUGUGA